GUCCAAGAGUGGCUGAUGUCUGAAGGAAUUUAAGAAGAGUCUUUCCAGAUACCGGAUGAAAUAAGAAUGGGUACAUUUGUGACCCUGGCAGAAGUGUUGGAGGGCCGGGGUUCCAAUCUGGAUGAGGAUGAGGUCUGGUGUCUGCUGCUCGCCACCACUGAGGCCUUACUGGCCAUUUCCAAAAAAGGUUCGGGCAACAUGUGCAGUGUGCUGAGCCCAGGCUCGGUGCUGCUGUCAGCCAAUGGGAGUCUGGCCUUCAAGAGCUGUGCCCGAUACGAAGACGUGGCCUCCUUCACAGCUCCUGAGGUCCAGCAGGGUCAGGCUGCCUCCACCAGGACUACAGCCGAAAAGAUGGUUGUGUACUCACUGGGGAUGACUCUUUAUUGGUGUGUCGAUUAUCAUCUACCUCAAAACCAGCUGGUCCAGCUGAGCACAGAGCUGGAGGCUUUGCUGCUCAGCAUGUGCGAGGACAUGGUGGUCAGGCGGACCGACCUGCUGACGGUGCUGGAGACCUGCGAGCUCCACCACAGGGCCUUAAUGCUGCCUCCUGCCGAUCGGCUCGUCAGGCAGCUGGUAGAGGAUGUCUACAGAAACUCGAUUGAUCACGUGUCCAUGGCUGAAAAUGGAUCCCGACUAACAGACCGCAGUCAAAUGAUCAGGGACAGAUUACACAGAAACUCUUUUAGUAACUCAACAUGGAUGCUGAACAGGAAGAUUUCUAGAACAUUCUCCGGAGCAUCUUAUCCAUGCGAGCCAUCAGGGAUCCCCUCGGGAAGCCAACACAGGGAGAGUUACGGCAGCUGGCAGCAGCCCCUGUACAUGGACGGUGGUCGCAGAUCCAUCUCAAGAUCCCUCGCACGAUUCGGAUCCACGAUGAGUCUCAACAACAAGAAAGUGAAGGACAUGGGUCCUGAGUUUAUUAGAAUGUUAGAUGAGCCGCUGGUUGUCUUGGAGCUGCCUGGAUCCAUUUUGUCAAAGAAAGGGAAAUCUCCAACCACUCAGAGAGAGCUGAGUGUGUUGAUGCCAAACGGCCAGAGCAUCCUGGUGAAGUGUGAGGUGAAAUCCAGAGGAGGGGACGUCUUUGACAUGAUUGUGGCUCACUCCAACAUGAUGGAACAUUUCUACUUUGGCCUUGCUUAUAUUGACGAUAAUGAGUUUUUCUUUGUGGACAAUGACACCAAGAUUUCCAAAGUGGCUCCAGAUAGCUGGAAGAAAGUGCCUACAACCACCUUUGUCCUUUUUUUCAGGGUCAAAUUUUUUGUCAAUGACAUUUCUCUUUUGCACAAGCAGACCCGCCACCAGUAUUACCUCCAGCUCCGGAGAGACCUUUUGGAGGACCGGCUGUCCUGCCAUGAGGAGACAGCUCUGUACCUGGGAGCCCUGGCCCUGCAGAUGGAGUGCGGAGACUGCAUGCCGGAGGUGUACGGUAGAAACUACUAUCGCCCCGACCAGUACGUCUCCAAGAGCGUGAUGGAGAAACGCGCCUUGCCUCACAUUCAGGGGGAGCUGCUACGACUUCACACCAACUACGCUCAGAUGCUCCCCGACGAAUCCGAGAUCGAGUACCUCAAGGUGUGUCAUCAGUUGCCUGAAUACGGCGUUUUGUUCCACCGCGUGAUUCGCGAAAAAAAGCCUUUAGAAGGAGAGGUCAUGCUGGGGGUUUGUGCCAAAGGAGUCAUCGUCUUCGAGGUUAAAGAUGGCUGCCGAUCUACCGGUCAGACUUUCUACUGGAGGGAGGCAGCAACCAUCUCCUCUAGUAGGCGUAAAUUUGUGGUAGAGAGCCGUGUCAGCAAAAAGAAGCACAUCUUUAUCACAGAGAGAUCGAAGAUAGCCAAAUAUCUGUGUGACCUCUGUUCAGCCCAACACAAGUUCAACAAUGAGAUGAGCUCCCGCCAGCUCAGCCACAGCCUGGUCUCAGAGGAGAACAUCGUGCAGUACACUGCAGUGUGUCGCUCUCAGAGCAGCCGGCUCAAGUCCUUCUCCUGUUCGGAGACGCCACAGGAUGACAGCGGACUGACCACGCCUCAGGACGGGUCCCUGAGCAAGCUGUGUGAUGACGUCACAGCCGGGAUCGAGGCGCGCAUUAAACAGCAGCUCCUCAGUGAGCCGAGCACCUGCUCCAGCAGUCAGCGCAGCAGCACUGGUAUGCGUUCCCCAGCCUGUUCUCAGAGGAGCGGAUCCGAAGCCCCAUCCAACUCCCCGGCAGCAAGAGAAACCCCAACGAAACUUGGGUCAUCGUCGGAGAGAGAAGUCAUAUGUGUUAACUUAAAGAAAGACCCAAAGCUUGGCCUGGGUGUAGUGAUAGUGGGAGAGGACACCGUGGGCCACUAUGACUUGGGCAUCUUUGUUGCUUCCAUUGUGCCUGGUGGACCCGCCGAUAAGGAUGGACGCAUCCGACCAGGUGGUCGUCUGAUCUCUCUGAACCACAUCAGCAUGGAGGGCGUCACCUUCAGCAAGGCAGCAGAUGUGAUGCAGAGCAGCCCCGAGGAGGUGCAGCUCAUAAUCUCACAGGCAAAAGUGGGCCUCAGUCCCAACAAUGUGCACUCUCCUGUGUUGCGGCAUUACGAGUCUCAGACCACAAUAAUGACGGACGUCCGAUCGGGGGACGACAGCUUAGAUGAGAUUGUUUCGGCCAUGAUGACGCCGAAGACCGGCAACAGGCUUCACGUCCCCCGAGAAGGACGAGACCUCGGUGCACAGGACAGCUGCUCUCUGUCCGUCCCUCUGAACUGUAUGAGGCCUGAGGAGAUCACUGUGGAGCUCGGAAAGAUAUCAGGAAGUCUGGGCAUCAGCAUCUCUGGUGGUGUCAACACUAACCUUCCUAAUGGAGGAAUCUACAUAAGAAGCCUUGUUCCGGAAGGGGCUGCUGAGAGAGACGGACGAGUACGUUCAGGGGACAGACUGUUGGAGGUGGAUGGGGUUAGCUUCCAGCGCUUCACCUACCGGCAGGCUGUGGAGCAUCUGAGUAAAACUGGGGAGCUGGUAACCUUGGUUGUGGAGAAGGUGUCGACACACGUACCCAGGGUUUCUUUUGGCGAAGAUACCAUCAGUAUUGUAUCCAAUCAGAGCAUCAGCCCAGCCACCAGCCCACUGAGGAUCAACAGCUGCUCGUCCGUCUGUACUGCUCCAAACGUGAGCUUUGUCCGGCCCAGGGACUACAGCUUCGUCACUGAAGACAACACCCAGGAAGUGACGCUGACUAAGAGUGCCAACGGCCUGGGCUUCAGCUUCCUAAUGUGCGAGCUGGAUCCGCCAACUCGGGACUUUGGCAGCCUGGUCCGAAUAAAGCAGCUUUUCCCCGGCCAGCCAGCCCAGCAGAGCGGCAGGAUCCUGGAGGGAGACGUCCUGUUGGCAAUCAAUGGCCAGUCACUCAAGGAGCUGUCCUAUUCAAAGGUGCUAAAGCUGUUCAAGACUUCACCGCUUGAGGUUCGACUGACUCUCAGUCGGCCUGCUCCAGGGAUCCUUCCUUCCAUUGAUCAGUUUACUGACACAUGAGUGAUGUCACAGUGUCAUACAGCACCAGCAUCCAGGGAUGUUCAGAAGCAACACUGUGCUUCCUAUUCAGUCAGGAAGUGGCGAUGGAGACCGAGGAAAGAAUGAACGAUACGUGUGUUUGGAUCAGUGCAUUAAACGCUGCUGAAAGGCGCGCUGAAGAAACACUGACGUAGCAGGGGAGCGGAGAGUUUUUGAGGCCUUAUGUGAAUGGAUUUGUAGAAGCAAUAGUUAAAUAAAAAUGAAGUCCAGAAGGGGCAUUUUGUUGACGCUAAAGAAGAAGAAGACAACUAAAACCGAUUGUAAAAU